CGGAGAUAUAGAUUGUUUUACCACUUGGGAUUGAAUACAUGAAUCAGUCAUGUGUCUGGUAUGAGAUAUGAGGUUUUUAUUACAUACUCAUGAUCAUCCAAAGUGGUAUAGACAAUGAAAUUGGGCCAAUAAAAGUAUGUAUCAUUGUGUGGAAUAAAAUGAGCUUGUCAAAAUCUAUGGAAUUGUAAUGCUGUAAAGGUUGAUUUGGGUUUUAUUUUCUGCUACAGCUAGUCACAGCUACAGUCGUAAGUCUAGUUCUCAUACUAGGAUGUUGGACGACAGCUUUGAGAUAACCAACUACUGUCCCCCUGACACUGUUGAGACUUUCCUUGAAGAGCUAAACCACUCACAGGGUGAUGACUUGGAUGAUCAGGAAACGGCACCAGCACCACCACGAGCUUCCUCAGACUGGUCUACUAGAAAGAGUCUCCUCUCAGAGAGGUGGGAGAAAGAGAGACCCUGUCUGGUGAAUACCAUGGUGGCACAACAAAAUGUGAACACUCAGAUCUGCCAACAAUGUGGCAGCAGUGCAGCUGCUGUCCGUUGUCGUGACUGCCGACCACAACCAUUCUUUUGUGCUGAUUGUGAUGUCAGUAUACACCGAAACCAUGUUUUCCACAACAGGGAUGCAACAAUAGCUGGAUUCUUUCAGCCAUUGCCUCCAACAACCUGUGUCGUGGAGAGGGCUCUUUCCCAGUGUGUGUGUAUUGUGCCGUUGGAGAUUCCCAAAAAAAUAUGUAGUUGUUCUCCGGGAUCGUUGAGUGUCAACACAGGAAAAGUUGUUGCUGUGGUUACAAUGAAUGGACGAUAUGAUCUCAGUAUGCCUGAGAUGAAAUGUGAGGCAUGCAAAGCCACAUGGAGCGCUGGAGUGGAUGACUUAGUCCGUAAUGACUACUGGCCUGCUACCCUUCACUUUUCCACGGUGUACGCUACAGAUGUUUUUUGUUCUUAUGAAGAAUUGAAGAUGGCAGCACCAUGACUGUCCUGCCAAGCAUUCUUAAGAAUGCUUGAUCAACGAACUGUCCGCUUUGGCCGUACUGGGAAGAUCACAGCAGACAGCUUCAGAAAAAGCUUUUUGGAGUGGGAGGCUGUUAGAUUUGAAGUGGAUAAGAUCUGCAGGGAGGAACAUUUUAUCUGUCCUGCAUGCACCCCAGACAUGCUUGCUGUUUCUGUGGAUGGAAAUCGCAAGCACUACCGCUUUAAGAACACAGCAAGAUCUGAAGAACAAGCCUUAUUUGAUGGCAUCUUCAUUGCAAAAGAUGAUGAAGUAGAAAGAUUUGUGGAUUACAUUCAUUCCAACACCAACCAUGUCUCUGGAAGAGGUGUCUGUGGAGGGGAGUGGUCAGCUGCCAGGGAAACUUCUCAGAGAUCCUCUAGUAAAAUUGAUGAGGAGGGACUUGAGCUUGCGGUCUGUCGACAUGGAGUUUUUCUCGGCGCUCUCAACAUGUUCAGGGGAGAAAUAUAUGCUUAUCCCCUCUACCUGCAGAACAAGCUGGCAAAUAAGUCAAUAAGCUUUUUUGCCAUGGAUGUAACCUGCAAGUACUGGCCCUACCUCCACAAAGUGACAAAAAGCUGCCCGGAGCUCCGGCACCUUCUGAGCAUGAAACCAUUCCUCUCAGUGUUUCAUGCCAAAGCCCAUGAUUUUAAAUGCGAGGUUAAAUGGAGUGGAGCUUACCAGCAAGGGGCCGGAUUGACACUUGGGGAGGAGGUUGAGCAGUGUAACGCCUUCCUCUCUAGGAUUGCUGUGACCACAAAGCACAUGUCCAAAGCAGGACGUAUAGACAUGCUUACACUGAGGUCGGGCCCGGAUUCAGCGCAAAAUCAGAGAGGAGAAGGCCAUUCUUAGCUCUGUCGUUGAAAAAUACAACAGUAUGGUUCCAGAUACAGAAAGAAUCGUCUUUGACAUCAUUCUCUCUGACGAGACAGUUUGGCCAUGGCAACUUUCACAUGGUGACGCUGUAGAUUUGAAAAUCAAGAGGAAGGCGUUUGAUGUUGUGAUAGCAAUAAGGAGACUUGAGGAGGAGAAGAAGAUUGUUCUUUCUGAGAUGGCAAAGCAUUGGAAAUCUCUCUCCACUCGUGCAGACACACUCAAGGAGAUGUCAUCCCAGCUUUCCAGUGAGGCAUUGCAAAGUGAGCUGUGGGCUCUAAAUGAAGAAGGGUUCAAGGGUUUCCUCAGCUUAACUUUGAGAAAGAAGCAAGAAGUCACCAGAAUGAUGAAGCAUGCAAGAGACUGCUAUGCUCAAGUUUUGACUGGAACAAGUAUGGACUUCCAGAAUGAUUGGGAUGGAUACGACAGUGAUUCUGAACUGUCAGAUUGAGGACUGUCAGUUUGAGGAGCUCUCGAAGUGAUAAAUGACCAGUUAUUCACAUUUGGUUCGAUUUCUUAUAUUUGUCAGUGUUUCCUUUGUUUGUUUGUUUUUAGUAGUGGGGGCAGGUCCAAAAAAAUCACCAGUUAAAGCUGCCGUCACCCUAUUUCUGAUACCGUGGGGGGGCAGAAAUGUUCAGUUACACCUCAAUGCAGUACAUGAGAUCCACGGGGAGGAGUCGGAUCAAGAUCCAAGGGGUGGAGAUGGGUAGGAUUAGGGUUGGGUUUAGGGAUUAGGGGUGGGGUUUAGGGAUCAGGGGGCGGAGUUGGGUAGGUUUAGGUGUAUGUAAGGUGGGAGGAGUUGGAUCUGGAUCCGACUCCUCCCCAUGGAUUUCAUGUUCCGCAGUGAGAACCAUCUCGAAAUGUUGGUGUGGGGGGCCACCACAGUCAAAUCAACAAAGAGGAAACACUGUUUGUAAGUCAGAUAUGCUUGAAUAAUAGUAAUUAUCAUAUCUACAUGUUACAUUACAACAAUAAUAAUGAAUGUAGUUAUACAAACUGAAAUUAAUUUAAGAAACUGUUUUUUGAAUAGUCGUCUUCUGUUUAUGGUAGAACAAAACUAUGUGCAGAAAAGUUUACAGGAAGGUGUAA